GGAAAAAGAUGGCAAUAAUUGAUACAAAUUGCUUUUUCAGAAAACUUUGCAGAAAACAAAAUGGAUUCUGGUGAUCAGAAAAAAGCGAGUUUAGUUCGUACUGGGAGCAGGGUUAAAGAUUUACAGAAAAUUUUCGAUUCAGGACGAAGUCGAGAUAUUGGAACUGGUUCUUUAAGGUUUGUAAACAACAGAAAUCCUCUACCGGCCCUAGUUCAAGAUCAUUCAGUAUCGCCCUCGGAUUUGUUCAGAAAACCAAGUUUUUCCGCUACAACAGAUUAUCCGCCGGAAAAUAAUAGGCCGCCGACGAGAUUUCGGCCACGUGGACGAACAGAUCGAAGCAUUCAAUUUGGACGAUCAGUUUUGUCUGGACGAGAUCAAGAAUCUGACUCAGAUAAGAAAGGAAAUAUCUCUGUCCAUCAGAGAGUAGAACGGAGGAGUUCUUUCGCGUCCUUCGAUUAUACGCUUAGAUCAGGAUCCGUUAGUAAUCAAUCAAUCAAACUUUCCAAACUUCCGGUUUGUCAAGCAACCGUCUCUAAAGCAGAUCAAACAACCAGACAACAAGAAGACCAAACAACCAGUUUUCAAGUAUACCAAACAACCAGCCAGCAAGAAGACCAAACAACCAGCCACAAAGCAGACCAAACAACCAGCUUUCAAGUAUACCAAACAACCAGCCAGCAAGAAGACCAAACAACCAGCCACAAAGCAGACCAAACAACCAGCCAGCAAGAAAACCAAGCAACUAGUCAGCAAGAAGACAAAGCAACCAGGCAGCAAGAAGACCAGACAACUAGUCAGCAAGAAGACAAAACAACCAGUCAGCAAGGAGAUCAAACAAUUAGCCAGCAAGGAGACCAAACAACCAGCCAGCAAGGAGACCAAACACCGAAUCUUUAUCCGGAACAACCCAAUCAAUUAGAAAACUGGAAGCAAGGAAACCAAUCCUACUCGAGUAAAGUAUAUAAAAUAUCUAGAAAUAAAGUUGAUUCAACAACUAUAAAGCACUCGUCGAAGGAAAAUACGCAAAACAUUUACCAAAAUUAUUUCACUUCUCGUGAUACAGAUACAAACAAAAACCGUGAUGAACGAAGAGAGCGAGAAGAAAAAGAAGGAAAACACAAAGAGCAAGACGGAUCUGAUAAGAUAAAAGAUCUAAACAAAAUAGGAAACGUUUUGGAAGCAAGUAAACAAGAAGAUUCAGUCAAUCAUUCAGAAAACUUGGAGCAAGAGCAACAAAAUGAGAAAAAUCUAGAAGAAGAAUUCGAAAAAUUAGAGAAAAUUGAACCGGAAGCAAAAACCAUGUCCCGAACCCCCGUUGUGAGGAUGACAAAACUGUCAAGUCUUGAAACUAACCAGAGAUUAGAAAUAAAUGUUGACAGGGUUUUUUUCAAAACAGAGAUAAGAAGUAGAAAUAAAGAUAAAGAAAAAGAAAAAAGAGAAGAAUGCUCGGAAGAAGGGUUGAAUGAGCAGAAUGAAGAAGUGUACCUGGAUAAAGAUGCAGUUUACGACCUGGAUAAAGGUUCAGCUUACGACCUGGAUAAAGGUUCAGUUUACGACCUGGAUAAACGUUCAGCUUACGACAUGGAUAAAGGUUCAGCUUACGACCUGGAUAAAGGUUCAGUUUACGAUAUGGAUAACGGUGCAGCUUACGAUCUAGAUAAAGGUUCAGCUUAUGACCUGGAUAAAGGUUUAGCUCACGACCUGGAUAAAGGUUCAGCUCAUGACCUGGAUAAAGGGUCAGCUUAUGACCUGGAUAAAGGUUCAGCUUACGACCUGGAUAAAGGUUCAGAUUACGACCUGGAUAGUGAUUAUGAACCUUCUCUUCAGGUUCGGACUGAUGAUAAUCUUAGUUUCUCAGGAUCUAGUUGCUUUGAGAGGGACUAUGUGGAUAUAUCUGAUAUAGAGGGAUCUGCUGAGGUUUCUUCAACCCUAUCCUCGGAUAAUGAUAAGUACGAGGAGUUUGGGAGAAGAAGAUCCAGUGAUGCAGGUCCAAUCUUAAGUAAUCAGUUGAGUUCCUACAAAUCCUCGAAACCUUCGAAAACUGAUGGAUUUGUUGGGUUCUCUAGAUUUCCACAGCAGAUUUACAAUAAAGCAAUCAGGUUCGGGUUUGAGUUAAAUCUUCUUGUACUAGGAGAACAAGGGCUUGGAAAACAGACCUUUAUCAACUCUUUAUUUAAGCGAGAUUUAUCCUGCCGAGCUAACCAGCAAAACACAGAGAUCCUGGGUUGUUUACGACGCAGAGAACUGGUUCUGAAAGAAAACAAUGUACUGCUAAAACUGAGAAUUGUUGACAUGCCAAACUUUGCAUCGCAGAUUGAUAACAGUAACUGCUGGGAACCCAUUAUUCAAUACAUAGAUGCUCAAUUCUCCAAGUAUAUGAGAGAAGAGGAAAGAAUAGAACGCAGAAGAGUUGAUGAUACAAGAUCUCAUGCAUGCCUCUACUUUAUCCCUCCUACAGGAGCUGGACUCAGACUGCUGGAUAUGAGUGUACUUAAAGCACUGGACAGUAAAGUAAACCUUAUACCUAUAAUCUCUAAGGCGGACUCGUUUACCUGUGUUGAACUGUCAAGAUUUAGAAGUCGAAUAUCUGCCGAUCUGCAAGCUAACAAUAUAUCCUCUUUUUACACAAACAAAUAUGGAAUUCCAGAACCGUUUGCUGUGAUAGGAGGAGAAAGAUAUCAAACUCUGAAUCAGGAUGAGAACUAUAAAUCUAGAAGAUAUCCCUGGGGACUUAUAAAUAUUGAAAACAAGGAAUUCUGUGAUUUUCAAAGCUUAAGGGAACUACUGCUGAAAGACCGAACUGUAGAUUUGAUCGAGAAAACCAAUGAAUUAUAUGAAAAGUUCAGAUCUAACUGGUUGGUCAGUGUCAACUAUGCACAGGUGUUUAAGGAAGAAAAACAUUGGAGCCAACGCUUAAAAUUUUUAGAAGUAAAUUUACAAUCUAUUCUGCAGAAAAAGGUAGAGGAGAGGGAGGCAAGAUUGACAAAUUAUCUAGAAUCUGAAGAACGAAAACUUGAAGCUGAACUUGCAAAAAUCCGCAAAGAAAAAGACGACAUUGAUGAGAAACGUCGCGACUUUGAGACUUGGAAGUCAAAUUUUGUGCAAACAGUUCAGAGAAGCAAAUCCUUGCAACACAUGAAGAAAAAGGGGUCCCAUGAGUUCCUGGACCAGUGGACCGAGGAGGAUAGACCCAGCAAGGGAAGUCUUGUUGAAAGAUGGUCCAGGUCCCAAGGAAAGGGACCGUCCAGUAAUCUCAGGGGUUUGCUCACUUUGACAAGAUCCAAGAAAAAGUGAUUUUUAUUUCUUACCAUUAUCGAAUCUUUUUACUUAUACCGGGUUACACACAACGGAUGAGACUUCAGAGACGACUGUACGGAAUUUUUACUAUCUGUUUCCUUGCAUUCAUGAUUCACUUCAACUGUAAACGUGUCUGUUUCUUUGCCAAAUCAAAAAAUAAGCCAUUAUAUUACUAUAUCAGGUAGAAUAUUUAAUUUAACCUUGGGAUCGUCAUAAUUCAGGAGUUUCCGGUUGUCUUUACAGUCUUAUCCUUUGUGGUUAACCCUGUACAUUGUUUAUUUUUGUAUUAAACAGUUCUUGUAAAAAUUGCAUGCUCCAAUGCAUGAGGAACAUCAAAAUAUUUAAAAUCUAGAUAAAAUAAAAUUUGUUUAUACCUUUCUUAAA